ACAAACCAUGGGUUUAGCCCAACUACUCCAUGAAAUUAUUAUUAAGACCCCUAACAUAGCUUUAUAGUUUGGUCUUAUAAAAACACCCACAUACACUUCACCUUUCUAUUCUUCCAUUCAUUCCACACUUCAACACACAAAACACAAAAACCAAUCUUUUCUAUUUUUCUUCGUAUCUUCUAUCUCUCCGAUCAUGUUGAGGAAGAGACCCUCUCCAAUGAUCGGAAAAAUAUCAGAAUUAUUGGUAUCCGGUGGCCGGAUUAUGGACACCACCGGAAGCCCAAGAGGCCCAUUAGACACAAAGAUGCAAUCACCAAGGGGCCUAAAAAACUAUCAUGACCUUGGUGGUGUUGGUCUCAAAAUUGUGGUAGCUCUUGAUAAUAAUAAAUCAUGUGAAGUAGGGCGUGAAAUUUUGCCCAAACAUGCUGUUUGUACCUCGAAUUUGAAUCGAUCAAGACCAAUCCAAGUUCAAUCCGUGAAAAACCCAAAUGGAUUUCACAAGGAUUAUUCAAGUUUGAAUGAAAUUGACAUGGGAAGCUUAGAAGAAUACACCUAUGUUACAUGUCACGUGCCUAAUAAAACCUUUACUAAGGUUUAUUACGAUGGUGGUGAAGGUGAUGUUCGAAUCCAACAUGAUUAUAACUUUAACAACAACGUUGGUGUUCUAAGAAGAUCCUCACAGCCACAAAUUUUAAUUGAGCCCGAACCAUUAUUUCCUACAUCAAAUUUUCUUAAAUCAUGUCACUUAUGUGGAAAGGAACUCCAAGGCAAAGAUAUAUACAUGUACAGAGGAGAGAAAGGAUUUUGUAGUACAGAGUGUCGUUCAAAUCAAAUAAUGAUGGAUGAACGAAAAGAGAGGUGUGGCUCAGAAGCUUCAAGGUCUGGAGAAUUGUCAAGUUCACCUUAUACAAUGGAUCAAAUAUUUUCAACUGGAAUUCUUGCAAUUUAAUUAUUCUGGCUGAGGAAAACAAUAAAUUAAUCCAAAGAUUGAUACUCUAAGUACAUUAUUUAUUAUUAUGGGUGGUAUACUAUAAUUGUUAACUAUCUCGAAUAUAUUAUGAGAAUUAAGAUAGCUAGCUACCAAAACGAAAUUUUUGAUGAGAAAAUAAUAUGUAUGAUGUUAGUAUUUUCCUUUUGCCAAGGCCACGAAUGAAAUUAAUUAUGAAAUCCAAAUCUCAAUUGCAUAGAUUGAAUUGGUUCUGUUUAUGAA